AUGCCCGAUUUUCGCCUUCUUCGUCUCCCGUUAGUUGCUCUCAAAGAGUGUCUUAAAAUAAUGAAUCCAUUGGAACUACUGAAUCUAUCAAUGUGUUCCAGAAGAGUGUCAAAGUUAAUAAAAUUGGGAGGCACCUCGAGUCUCGAAGUUUCAUAUAUGUUUCUAGGAAGUGACACUAAACAGAUCGAAAUCGGAACCUCCAGAUCGAUCCACCGUUUUGAAUUCCCCGCGUCUCACACAAUACCAAUUCUUAUCCGUCAGAGAACUGCGGAUUUUCUGGUGGCAGUUAGUCAGAAACCAGAGAAAGCGAGUUUCGGUUGGAAUGGAUCUUCUCUGGAAUUGGUCGACUACAUUCUCGACACAUUUAAUUGCCCAAUUCACUCAAUUAGCAGUGGUUCCAUUUAUCCAUAUUCCUCUCUUGUGGAAUUGACUAAUUGGGUGUUGACACGACAGUCAACUAUUCGAGAAAUGAGUGUUACCACCAGAAAUCUGGAUGGUGAAGGGUUCAAAGAGAUUCUCGAUAAGCUUACUGUAACUGAGCAUCUAGAUGUGUUAUCCAAAUUGAAUCCAGACUUCCAGUAUACUUUUAAGAAGUUUCCAAGAUCCAUUUCAUUUGAUAGUCCUUAUUGGAUAAAUUUGGAACAACUGCUAGCGAGUGAUUGUGAGUCAAUCACACUUUCAAAUUCAUUUUUCACUAAUACCGAUCUGGAUGCAUACUUUGAGAAAUGGAAGAACGGCGACUAUCCGAAUCUGAAAUCGUUGAGAAUUGUAAGUGAUCGACUCGAUGAUUUGAUGUCGAUUGCAGGAGUGGCGCCACCAGUUAGAGAGGAAAACAAUCCAGAGGAGAUUAUUAGAGACAUUUAUGUUUUCAGUGCCAACUUCAUUCGAUACAGAAUCCACGGGGGAGUCCGAAUUAAAAAUACCAAGGGAAUCACCGGAAUCAUCAAAAUGGGUAUGGAAAGAGAUGGAAUGCAGGUUACGUUCUUGGUCGUGGAUUUAUUCGAUUUGGUUGGCUAA